AUGGGGUGUGGCCAGAGUAAAAUAAAUCUCUAUCCGAGACGAAAUAAAAAUGGUGGCAAAGGGAACAGUUCCAAGAAAUCAGGAGCAGCGGAUAAGGAGGCUGAUGAAGAAGAAGGCACGACAGGCGGUUCCGUCCCUCCUGCGGAGACUGAGGAAGAACCGGAACAGGGAAAGCAUAUCCUGCCCCUGGCAUCUCAUCAAACUGUUAUUGAGGUGUCUGCAAGUCAGCAAGAUUUCUUCAAAAUGCUGGAUGAAAGAAUAGAUAGCGGUAAAGACUACGAUUCUUCCAGUGAGACAGAAAUUCGAUUAGAGGCAGAAAGACGAAAAAUGCUUAUAGAACAAUGGCAAUCGGCUUCACAAUUAACACAUUCCUCACUAACACAGCCUAGUCCACCUACACCAGCUAGAAGAAGAGUCCCAAGGCCUAUACCUCCUCCUCCAGAAAGACAAAACAGCCCAGGAUCAGGCAGAAGGUGCUACAGACAACAUAUUCCAGACGGCAUGUCACCACCGCCUAGAAGAGCUCAAAGUGCCCAGUCACAUCAUCCACCAGAUCCUAGACAAAACAAUGGUGAUAACUGGCAUGAUCCUACCAAAUCUCCAGUGAAAAGACCACAAAGUGCUGGAGCUAACUGGAAAAACAACCCUAAGGUGGCACCUUACAAUCCAAAAAUUAAAAAGAAUGAGUCAAAUGAAAUCAGGUCGAAUCACAAAGAGACAGAAGGAACACAAAGUCCGGACAUAUCUCAAAUAACUUUUAAUCCAACAUUCCAAACCCAUAGUCCCGCACACUCUGCAAAAUGUCAACAACCAUACAUAGCGCAGAUAAUUAGUUAUCCAAUCUCACAACAAGUUACACCACCAUCAUCACCGAAGUACAUAGCACCCCCCGAAGAGUAUCAAGACCCCCAAAAUAAUGUCAUUGACAAUAGUAAAUUCCCUGUACAAAGACAGACUCCAGUAACAAGUACUCCUCAAGUUUCAAACGCUCAGCCUCAUAUCUACUACAUACAUGGUAAUGCUACAACAGCGGCAAUGGCACAAGAUCUUUCACAGCAGAGACAGCAAACUGCAAUACAUCUACAGCAGUACGUAGCAAUGAAACAAGCACAGCAACAAAUGUUUACAUAUCUGCAGAGAAGUCCACAUACAGUUUUCCCAAACAUGUAUGACGCUCAAAAUCCACCUCCGACAAGAAUUUAUGAAGGUGAGGAAUUUGUAGGACAGUAUGCACCUCAUCAUCCGGCUUUGCGGCCACACAGUGCUCCAACGCCUGUAGGUGUGGUACAUCCUAUGCCAGUCGGGCCAGGUUUCAGCCAAUUGCCAGAGGGGUCACACAUGGUCCAAAUGCCAAUGUGGACACAUAUGCCGAAUGUGGUAUCGACUAUGGGUCCUUGGGUUCGUGGCCAAGUGCCUGCUGAUAUUCAGUAUUAUCCACAAUCUCCUUUUGCGCCAUUGUAUCAACCGAACUCCGCAGGUUCAGCGGGAACAUUGACGAGAUAUCAUAAGAAGGAAUCGAAUGAUGUUGAAGUGAAGAGUAAAGAGUGCCAAAGCAUUAAUCUAGUCAGGCAAAAGCCUAUAGGUCAGAUUGUCUCUAUUCCCGGUCAGGAGCUGACAGUUUGCAAUAGUGUGAGUGAUAGCCCGAGCCCCGCGUCGGUCAGCACCGACAGUGGCGUCUCUCCUGGGAACAGUGUGCCCAGCUCUAAGAACUCUGUUUUUAAUACUCCAGCUAAUAACAGUGAAACUUUUAACUUAGAUAACAAGAGUAAGAAAAAUAAAACUGUACAACAACCAAGAUCUCUUAAAAAUUCUAAAAGUCUAGACUCUUAG